ACGAGAGCACAGCAAAGCCGCUGCGAGCAUUUAUGGCUGCAAGCGCUGCACAGGCUAGUGUCUUACAGGACGCUAGCAAGCUCUCAGAGCAAAAAAAGCUCAAGGUGGGCUACCGGGACGGGAUCUGUCGCCAAUUUUAUCUACAAACACGCUGUCGACGCACAGCAAGCCACUUGCUGCCGCCAAAUUGCCGCCCAUCAGCGGACACAGCUCCAGCCUCUCUGGGAGCUGAGCCGCUGCCGCCAGUCGUCGCGGAUCAGACGGCACAGCCAAAAACAACCAAAGCGCUCGCGCACGCCAGUCGCGCCACACAAAAUGGCAGUAGUCGUCGUAGGCUCGGCCAACGUCGACCUCGUCGUCAACUCCCCUAGGUUCCCGAAACCAGGAGAAACUUUAAUAGGGAGCCGCUUCGAGCAGCUGUUUGGCGGCAAAGGGGCGAACCAAGCCGCCGCGGCCGCUUUAUUAGGUAGUCCCGUGCGCGUCGUCAUGAGGGUAGGAAGGGACGACCUCGGCCAGGCGACGCGCAAGAACUUCGAGAGGUUAGGCAUCGACGCGAAUCGCGUCGUUGACACGAGGGACGCGGCGACGGGCGUCGCAUUGAUAACAGUCGAUUCCAAUGGGGAGAACACGAUCGUCGUCGCGAGUGGCGCAAACGCGAAGCUCACGCCGGAGGACGUCGCGGAGACGGUCUUCGACGGCGCCUCUGUGAUACUGACGCAGCUCGAGGUUCCUGUCAGUACGAACAUCGCCGCUCUGAGAAAGGCCAAGGCUAGAAAAGUGUUGACGGUAUUCAAUGCCGCGCCGGCGCCCACUUCGCCGUUGCCGGACGAGAUUUGGAAGUUGUGUGACGUCUUGUGUGUGAAUGAACCGGAGUUGCAGCUUUUGACCGGUAGGAAAGUCGAGAACGAUUCAGAAGCGUGCGGCGAGCUGCUGAAGAGGGGCGUCGGCGCCGUGUUGCUGACGCGGGGCCGUCGAGGAUGCCUGCUGGUCCGCGAGCAAGGUUCCAUCAGUUGCAGUGUACCCGAGGCUUUGCAGAGUACGCCGGUUGACACGACCGGCGCCGGCGACGCCUUUUUAGGCGCGCUAGCCCACUUGGUCGCGAGCGGGUCGACGCUCGAAGCUGCCUUGCCAGGCGCUGUGGAAGUGGCAUCGACGUCCGUGCGUAGAAGAGGAGCCCAGGCCUCCUACCCGACCGCCGCGGAUCUGGGGUGGGCGAAACGGCCGCCGGCGCCGCCCUCGCCGACCCGUUUCGGGGACUCGCGACGGCCGUCGGUAGCUGGUGCCCUUGCGGCCGCUACCGAAGCGGUGGACAAAUUUGUGGCGUCUGGUAGCGUCGUCGGCAUCGGCUGCGGUUCGACCGUCGAUCACUGCGUGCAGCUCAUCGCCGAGCGACUCGCUUCUGGUGCUUUGAGGGAUGUGACGGCCAUGGCGACUUCCGAAGCUACUGAAAGACGCUUACGCGAAUUUGGAAUCCCGCUGCUACCGCCGGACUCGGACAAAGCCGUCGACGUGGCCCUGACGGGCUGCGACGGCGUGUCCUCGUCCAAAGACGUCGUCAAGGGCGGCAAGGGCGCCAUGCUCCGAGAAAAAUUGGUCCGGGCGGCGGCGUCGCGGUGGGUCGUGAUUUGUGACGAGUGCAAGCGGAGCGAGGGGCUCGGCGUCGACUUUCCCGUGCCCGUGGAAGUCGCGCCGGCCUUCCAUCAGCGGACGUUGCGAAGGCUCGCGAAGUUGACGGGUGCGGACGCUAGAUUGCGCUUGGGUUUGGCGCCGGCCGGCCGGCCCGGCUCUGAUAUGAGCGGAAAACCGUUCGUCACAGACAACGGGAACUAUGUGGUGGACCUGUUCUUCAGCGAGCCUCUAGGAGACGUCUGGCUCAUGGCGUCGCAGCUCGAUGCGUGCCCGGGGGCGGUCGAGCACGGGCUCUUCCCGGCGUCGAUGCGGCCGGACGACCCCGUCGUGCUCGUCGGUGGGAGUGAUGGGGGCGUGGAGCGGAUGGAAUAA